AUGAAAAAUCAGAACACCACAGUGACUUUUUUUAUCCUUUUGGGAUUUUCAUACAAUUAUCCAGUCAAUACUUUCCUUUUCCUGACAUUUUUCCUGAUGUAUGCUUUGACUUUAUUGGGAAAUACGAUGAUUAUGAUAGUAACAAGUUAUCUCCCCAGCCCCAUGUAUUUUUUUCUAAAACAUCUGGCUUUUCUUGACAUGUGUUUGUCUUCUGUUACUGUACCCAAGCUGUUGGUGAUUUUUUGGGAGAAAAAGAUUAUUUCAUAUUCUGAUUGCUUUAUUCAGAUAUUCAUUGUCUUUCUUACAGGAGGCACUGAAGAUUGUGUCCUUGCUGCAAUGGCUUAUGACCGAUAUGCUGCCAUUUGCAAGCCCCUCCAUUAUAUACAAAUUAUGAAUAAAUCAUUUUGUAAAUGGCUGGUGGGUGGUGCAUGGGUAGUUGGUUUUUUAUGUGCUUUUGUAAAUAUAUUACCUAUUUUAAAGCUAGAUUUCUGUGGACCAAAUUUUAUCAAGGAUUUCAGCUGUGAAUUUCCAUCUCUACUUGCAUUAUCCUGCACAGAAACAUCCUCCAAUUGGAUGGCAUUUCUGAUAUCUGGUAGUUUUGUUGCAAGUUCUUCAUUGAUUAUCAUCCUAGUGUCCUAUAUCUGUAUCAUCUCAACUAUCCUCAAGCUGAAUUCAGCAGAAGCAAAAAGGAAAACUUUCUCUACCUGUAGUUCUCACCUUAUUGUUGUAGUUUUGUAUUAUGGCACUGCCUGCUUUAGAAACAUGAGGCCCAGCUCAGCCUUCUCAAUUAUUUUGGAUGAAUUCUUCUCUAUUCAGUACAAGAUUUCAACACCUAUGCUGAACCCACUUAUCUACAGCCUGAAAAAUAGAGAAGUGAAGGAAGCCAUAAAAAAACUAAUGGCUACAAACCCCUGA